AUGCUGCGGGACCGGCGCUCGGAGCGCUGUGCGGAGAUCCGGAUCGGGGGCAGCUACCGCCGCUGCGCGGUGUCCAACGCGUUCAGGUGGGAUCGGGAUCUGGGCUCGGGGAUUCGGGUCCUGGUCCUGCGGGUGUCGGCUGUGGGAUCCGGGCAGAGGUGCGGGUGCUGGGGCCGGAGGAUCGAGGAGGGAUUGGGGCUGGGAUCGGGACCGGCACUACCGCCGGCGGGAAGAGCCGCUCCGGGAUGGGUGCUGGGACCGAGCCCGGCGCUGCCGCUCCCGCUGCGGCGGGUGCGGGGCUGGGUCGCACCGGAGCUCCGGGCACGCUCCUGCUUAUGGCCGUGGGGAGCCAGGGGAUGCCGGUGCUGGGCCCGCCAGGAGGACGGUGCUUCCCUAGAGCAGACACUGGAUCGCGGCUGGAAGAAGGCAGGGCGCGGGGAUCGCCCGGCCCCGGGACCCACCGGCAGCGCCGCCCCCUCAGCGCCGCCUCCCGCCCCGCCCCCGGGAUUCCCCCUGGCAGACCCGGGGCCGCCCCGCGGGGACACCGAGCCCCCGGCCCCGGUAACCCUGCGGCCACCGCGCUCGCUGCCCGCAUCCCCGGGGAACCUCUGCCGAACGAGCGGGGCAGCCGCUCCGGGACGGCCGCUGGGACCGGCUCCAGCUGUGCCCGGUGUGGGACUGGAGGAGGCCAGGAGCCCCCGAAAGGGCUGCUCUGAACAGGCACAUGGAGAUGCUUCAGCCCGGACAGAGACCACUGACAGCCCAGAAGGACCCGAGGAGCAGCUGGCACCAUCUGGGAAUGGAGGCACGGGGCCGUUUGCAGAGGGGCUCAGACAGCAAUUCCUGAUUCUGGCCUCCAAGAGUUCCCACACAGCUGCCAGCAAUAGGCGUUGGAGAUGCCUUAAAAUCAGAGGUUUGAGUUGGGAUGAAGUUUGGAACUUUUCAGGGAGCCAGUUGGAAGUGCAGAAGUGGUGGAAGACUUUUGCAGGUGGGUCCCACCAGAGGUGUGCUCUGAAGGCAGGGAUGUGCAUCUCGCAAGGAGCUGUCAGGUUCUUCCAGCAGGAAUUCAGCAGGGAAUGA